CAAUCAGUAAGCCAGGGCACAAGUCGCAAGGAUACAGAAGAAUGAGGUGCUCUUUGACAAUAUAAUGAAUGGCUUGGGUGUACUUUCUAUCAGCAGCGUCAGCUAGGAAUUCGGAAUUCCAAGGCAUCUUCCACCGGGAUGUCCAUGAUUUCUCCAAACAAUCACAAAGGUAUGAGGUGCUUCAUGCGACAACAUGAUUUUUUCAGGAUGCCGAUUCUGCUUUUCCUUGGCCUUGUACGACCGACCAUCACUCCCGUUUUCUGAACUACCAUCAUGACCAGCUCCGUUGCUCGGAUCGCCUACUUGGCGUCCGACACCCUGGUGGACCUUCAGCUACCGUCGCCAAAUACUUCACUCUCUGCUCAGACCUUUACAUCUUUAUCAACUAUCUCCAGACAGAGACCGGCCAUCGUAUCAGUCCCCUCCGGCGGUGAUCCAGUAGCGUACAUUAUCCGAAACGCCACCGCUUCUCUCAUCUCCUUUACUGCAUCAGCAAGCCCACGGACGAUUACUAAUGUCAUCCUUCGGAUAUCGGAGUUGUCUUCUCUACCACUUGUCCUCCACUUUGCCCUCGAUGGCGACCUCUCUGACGUCCUUCUUCUCCGGUCCGCCAUUCCGUACUUCCUGCUUUCCACGACAGCCCAACAAGCCCAUGACAAUGCCCUCCUGGCAUCCAAGCUAGCCCGGACAGAGAAAAAGGCCAUUGUUCAUGCUUACUAUUCAAGCGUCGUGGACGUAGCACAGGAAGUCCAGGAGGACCAAGUCGUCCCAUUCCUUCUCGACAACAGACUUUCUAAGCACUCUCCGACUGCCAGCAAUGGGCAUGCGUAUGCCGCCAAUGGAAAUGGUGUUAAUGGACAUGCAAAUGGUGUCAACGGUACAAACGGCCAUUCAAACAGCGAUGCAAAUGGUCGUUCAAACAGUCAUUCCGACGAGUUUACGGACAACUCGGUCGUAAACGAUCUUUUCAAAGCAUAUGAGAUCAUAGCUUUGAGUACCGUGUCCCUCGUUCGUCGGCCCCUGAGGCACCUCGUCUCCCAGGGUACGAGUAAUGCAGAGACGGUCAUUUUCACUUUGGGUCGUGAAUUGCCCAUUGUCGCUCAGGGCGUGUCCAUUAUAUUCGUAUCUCUCGUAACUCCUCUCCCUCCCUCGCGUAUAAUCGCGGCCAUUCCUUCUACAACAAAGAGAGUCAUCGUUUUGGAGCACAUUUCAAAAUGGUCGAUGAAAUGGACACCAUUGUAUCUCGACGUAGUCAGCGCCCUGCAAUGCCAUGAACCACGCCCUAUCAUUCAAAGUGGUGUUUUCGGUGCCGUCGACGGUAUUACGUCUGUCGACAUUCUCAAGCUCGUACAACACGCCUCGAUCUCAUCGCCGUCCACACGGCUUGAGUUGAGUCCUCCAUCAACCCCAUCGCCUAGUAACAUCGCACCCCUCGUUCCCAAGCACGAAGCAUCAUAUAAUAAAAUUUUGGCCCAUCUCUUCGACGAUAGGCUCGAAAUCGCGAACUCGCCGUCACUUGUCGCAUCCCAGGGCGAGAUUGCUACGACCCCGGAGUUUGCGCUGGGUCGCGUACGGGCGCAGCUGGAACAGAGGCAACAGCUCAUUAAUGCCGUUCUGGAGUUGCUGCAGAGUGAUAUACUGGAUGUGGAACUUCAUUCAUUACUGAGUAAAUGGAUACUUGCGAAGGAUGACAGUAGGAAGAACAAGGGUCUUGGGGAGGAAAUUGUGGCAUCGCUGAAACUGGCACCACUAUCUCAUCCUGCGGCCGUGCGCAUUCUUUCUCUCAGCGCACAUUUCUCCGUUAUUUCGCGGUGGAUUAUUGGCUCUGACGCGUGGUCGUACGAUUUGGGAUCAUCUGGGCUGCAUCACGCUGUCGCGUCGGGCCUGAAUGUCAAUGUCCUCAUUAUCGACAGCCUUCCAUAUUCCUCUCGCAAUUCUGGAGAGAUAAGCAGGCGGAAGCAUGACGUGGGUUUGUACGCUAUGAACCACGGGGACGUUUAUGUUGCCAGCGUGGCCGUUUAUUCGUCCUACGCGCAAGUCUUGCAGGCAUUCACAGAGGCUGACCAUUACAACGGACCAAGUGUCGUCCUGGCUUACUUGCCGUAUGUAUCCGACAACUCUCUUGCUCUCGAGGUCCUUAAAGAGACCAAGCUUGCCGUUGAUUCCGGAUACUGGCCCUUGUAUCGAUGGGACCCUUCAAAGGAUCGCGAAGGGAAGGAGCCAUUUUCUUUAGACUCUGACUCGAUUAAGUACGAUCUCCAACAGUUCCUUGACCGUCAAAAUCACCUCUCUCAGUUGGUUCGGUCGAAGCCAGCGAUGGCCACUGAACUAGUCAGUAGCUUAGGGCAGAGUGUGAAGGAGGCAAGAAAACAGAAGGCGCAGCAGUCAUACAACGAACUCCUGUCAUCGCUGGAUGCCCCGCCUCUGCUCAUCUUGUACGCUUCUGAUGGUGGAAAUGCCGAGAAGAAGGCCAAGCGCCUCUCCCAUCGUGCCCAGGCUAGGGGACUUUCUACCACCCUAGCUUCAUUCGAUUCCAUGUCACUGGACAGUCUGUCUCAGGAAGAGUACGUUGUCUUCAUCACAUCUACCGCCGGGCAGGGAGAGCCGCCUCAGAAUGGACGUCAGUUUUAUAAGGCGCUCAACGCCGCAGCUGCGGGUGAUGAUCGAACCUUGACGAAGCUCAAGUUUGGUGUCUUCGGCAUGGGUGACAGUCACUACUGGCCCAGAUCCGAAGACGCGCAUUAUUACAACAAACCUGGAAAGGACUUGGAUGCUCGUCUAGGGAAGUUGGGUGGCGAUCGCAUUGUUGAGUUGGGACUUGGUGAUGACCAGGAUGCAGAUGGUCCCGAGACGGGAUACAAACCUUGGGAGCAGCUUUUAUGGAAGGUCCUCGGAGUCGACUCCAUUGAGAUCACGGAAGCCGAGCCUGAACCCAUUACGAACGAACACAUCAAAGCCGCUUCGCAGUAUUUACGUGGAACAAUCGCCGAAGGUCUCCAAGACUUCAGCACGGGCGCUCUCGCACCCAGCGACGGACAGCUUACGAAAUUCCAUGGCAUCUACCAGCAGGAUGAUCGAGACAUUCGAGAGGAGCGACAAGCGCAAGGAGCGGAAUUGGCGUAUAGCUUCAUGAUCCGAGUGAGGAUGCCUGGUGGUGUUUGUACGCCAGAACAAUGGUUGCAAAUGGAUCAAAUCGCAGAUGAACAUGGCUGUGGUACGUUCAAAAUUACGACGAGAGCUACGUUCCAAUUCCACGGUGUAAUUAAGAGACACUUGAAGCCCGCCAUCCAGGACAUUAACAGGGUUCUCCUCGAUACACUCGCCGCAUGUGGAGAUGUCAACAGAAAUGUCAUCUGCUCUUCCAUUCCCACAAUGUCAAAGCUGCAUAAGCAAGUGUUUGCAUUCACGAAAGCCGUCAGCGAGCACCUCAUUCCGAGGACGACUGCAUACCAUGAAAUUUGGCUGGAUAAGAAAAUGGUCGCAGGAGACGCUGUCAAGGACUUUGAACCAUUAUACGGCGAAUUUUAUCUGCCCCGAAAGUUCAAAGUUGCUGUUGCCGUACCGCCUACGAAUGACGUCGACGUUUUCGCAAACGAUCUUGGCUUCAUCGCAAUUGUCGGCGACGACGGUGAGUUGACUGGUUUCAACGUCUCCGUUGGCGGAGGCAUGGGUGUUACACACGGAAACAAAAAGACCUAUCCCCGGGCCGGUAGUAUCAUUGGUUUCUGCACUCCCGAACAGGGAAAGCUUGUCGCAGAGAAGGUCAUGUUGACCCAGCGGGAUAACGGAAACCGUGCCGACCGAAAGAAUGCACGUCUCAAGUACACGAUAGACCGUAUGGGACUCGACGUGUUCAAAGCGGAGGUUGAGAAGCGACUUGGUUAUGCCCUCCAGCCUGCACGACCAUUCACGUUUGACCGCAAUGUCGACGACUACGGCUGGGCGACAGGCGAAGAUGGCAAGCACCAUUUCUUGAUGUUCAUCGAAAACGGACGCAUCCAAGACGAGCCCGGAAGGGACUUUAAGACCGGUUUACGGGAGAUUGCCAAGGUCCACAAAGGCACGUUCCGCUUAACCGCUAACCAGCACUUGGUGGUGUCGGACGUGCCAAACGAGGAGCUUCCUCUCAUCAAGGAGAUCCUGACCCAAUACAAGCUGGAUAAUCUCGUGCAUUCCGGGCUUAGACUAUCAUCGUCGGCAUGUGUGGCAUUUCCAACAUGUGGUCUUGCCAUGGCGGAAUCGGAACGGUAUCUUCCUCUGUUGAUUGAUAAGGUGGAAAAAAUCUGCGAGAAGAACGGUCUCCGUAACGAUUCAAUUGUGAUGCGGAUGACUGGAUGUCCCAACGGGUGUGCUCGUCCUUACCUUGGAGAGGUUGCUUUCAUCGGCAAAGCACCCGGUUCAUAUUCGAUGCUGCUUGGUGGAGGAUUCUAUGGUCAGAGAUUAAACAAAAUUUACCGAGAAACGGUCACUGAGCCUGAGAUCUUGGCUAUCCUAGAGCCCAUCAUUAAAAGAUAUGCUCUGGAGAGAUUAGAAGGAGAGCGCUUUGGUGAUUUUACCAUUAGAGCUGGGUAUAUCUCGGCCACCACUUCUGGUAAAGAAUGGUAUGUGGGCAUGGGUGGAGAAGGACAGCAUAAAGAAUCAUCUUGAUGCUGAUAACUUGACGAAAUUGAAUGAUAUUUACGGCUGUGGUCAUGGCCGUGCGACGGAGUCGGGACCCAUUGUCAACGUUAGUUUAUAUAGCAAAGAGUAAAAAUUAUUUACAUAGCGCGUUCCUGUUGCUUACAAGACUUUGGUCACUUAAAAGCAACAAAAGACAAUGUC